AUGUGUACCCCGGAUGAAAUUAACUCAACGAUGAUAAGAUUUUAUCGUUUUUCUGAUCCAAGUUCGUUAAAUAAUCGUGGUCCAAUUGUUAAAGCAACCAGUUUUAUUAAAAAAGAUGCUACCAGCGACAUCAUUGAUCUUAAUAAACUUUCACAAACAUGCAUGUAUACAGUAAACUGUGUUGAAAUUAUCGAAUCGGAAGGAAGACUCCACAGUACAAAUAAACGCAUUAAUGCUAACUUUUGGCUGAAGAUAGUGAAUUUAGCGGUUGAUUGUCAAACUUAUAAUAUAAUUUUAAUACCAAGCGAAAAGGGUGUAGUGAUAAAAGCGAUCAGAGAUAUAGCACCAGAUGAAAUUUUGUUUUUGUGGUUCUCAGAGAAUCUCCUGAUCAUCUUAAAUAUGCCAUUCUUGACAUUAAAAAACAUUCAAAGACAAGAUCGAUACAUUUGUGAUACGUGUUACACUGUUUAUGAACAUCCAAAUCCUUUAAAAAUUCACAUGUUCUUAGAUUGCGAUCGUUUAGAUCAUGAUCAUUUGUGGAAUGUUUUAGUAAGGGAAUUUGCGUCUUUGCAAUAUCUUCAUCAUCCAAGACCUUUUCUAUUCCAAUUGAAUGGUCCCAUAAACGCGAUUUCACCAGAUCCCAUUGAUACGUCCAAUUUGCAUUUAUAUUCUAAUCCAUCACCAACACUAUCUAAUCAGCUAUCUUCUUCAUCUUCAAGUCAACCUUCUUCAAUUUCACCACAGUCUCUAUCUUCGAUAUAUCCCAAUGGACACAACAUUUCUCAUCGAUUAUCGGCGUUUAAACCAUACGGAAAGGCAAAGAAAUUAAGAAGUGUAUCUAACGUUUGCCCAUCGGUCGCAAAUACCACAGGCUUAACUUUGAGAAGCAAUCUCUCUACUGAUCCUGCUGAUAUUGAAAAUUAUGCCAGUAAUAUUGGCAAAAGUAUAAAUGGUUAUAUUUGUGUGUAUUGUAGUAAAGUAUAUUCAAGAAAGACUCAUACUGGUUACAAACCAUUAAUUUGCUCCUAUUGUAAACGAUCAUUUGGAGAUCCAAGCAAUUUGAACAAACACGUUAGACUUCACAGGGAUUCUUCCAAUUCGCCAUACAAAUGCGACAUUUGCGGUAAAGUUUUGGUUAGAAAAAGAGAUUUAGAAAGGCACAUUAAAACGAAACACGAAAAUAACAAUCGACAUACUGAUAUUUCCAACGAAGGAUUGGAAUUUUAG